UUCUUUUUGAUUUUUAACAUUUUGACAUAGUUGAUAUUAUGACUUUCUCUGUUUUUUCUGGAACUUUGCGGCGCUGAAGAAGGAAGGAAUUUGGAUACUUGGCCUUCUAAAAUUUUCUCCUGCCGCCUACGGAAUCAUCUCUAUUUCAUCUAAUUGUAAACAAGAUUGUCCAAAUUGUUAGAUCACGAUGAUUGUUCCCAUUUGUUUAUUUAAAUUUAACUGUACUCAAGUGUCCUAUUCUGUGUUUAGAGCGACCAAAAGUGUUUUAAAAUGUUUUUCUUUUACUUCAGAUGAUUAUAUAAGCUUAGGUUUUUGUUUACUUGCCUUCAUUUUUUGCGUUUUCAGAAUUAUUUAUCUUUGA